CCCUCACUGGGGAUCGAGCCAGCAACCGGGCAUGUGCCCUGACGGGGAAUCGAACCGUGACCCCCUGGUUCAUAGGUCGACGCUCAACCACUGACCACACUGGCCCAGCCUAAACAACUAUCUUUUUAUAAAAACAAAACAAACCCCACAGCACUGUGGGCAGCAUGCCUUUAUGUUUAAAGGUAAUUGUGGAUUUAGGAAGAUGACGUCACUCCUUUGGGGAUAAUGGUUUUUGCAGCUAAUUUCCACCCUUUUAUGAAGUCAUGAUGCAUAGCCCACUUGCAAAAGUAGAAAGAGAACUGUCAAAAGUUCUAAUUUUUUUUACCUUGGUAACUUGAAUCUUAAACUUAGCUAGUGGAGCAUGAAGGAUCAAAAAAGACCUGGAUUGCUCUAAUGAUUGGUCAGAGUUUUAGACAGGCCAUUGGACCUUUGAAUUUAGCAGGUUUCCAUGUCCACAGUCAAUUAAAAUAAAGACCCGCCGUGUCCACUCACAUAGCCGCACCAGGGCCAUUAUUACCGUGACUGUGCGGCAGGCUUGUCAGUAGAGCGCUGGCCUACUUCUAAAGCCAUGGCAACACGCCGCCGGGCUCCCUUAAGUUUUAUCUUCUCGUGACUUUUAUUUUGAAGCCUUUGGAAUGAACGUUCCACAUUCUUUCAUUGUGAAUGUAAAGCCCAGCGUGCCCAUGCCGGCUAUGGGUGGGUUCCCGGGGAAGGGCCUUAUCUAAGAUGACGCGUGCAAGCUGUGAUGUCACCGACUCGGGACCUGUCCGACAGGAAGCGGUGGCGCCGCUGCCACCCUUAGGCAAGCGCCCAGACACUGUGUGGGACAGUCCUUCUUCUCCUUCUCUGCCCGCCGGGAUGCCGGCCGCAACCCCACGCGCUGUGCCCACCUGCCUGUGAGCCUUCAAGAGCCGCGCCCACCCUGACAGAACCAGGGGCGGGGCUGGGAUCGUCGCGGCUGGGACCACACAUGGAGGCCGACAGGAUGGGCAACAGCAGGUCGUCCACUUGGGGGAAGCCGGCAGCUGCUCCCGUGAAUCAGAUCCAGAAGAGUUCCAGUCACAAAUGCCUGUGUGAUGCACUUUGACGCGUACUGCUAAGAUGAAAUGCAGAAAUGAAAGCCACACGUCCGUGUUAGUACUCUCAGAUGCGAUUAGAUGUACUUUAUCAUGUUUUUAUGCUACUGACCUAGAAAAAAAAUUAAAAAGGGUAACAGACAUCUAGGACCUGCGACCUGGAUUCUUCUGGGAUGACCUGGGACUUCACAAGGAGAGAUUUUAUCACAGCCCAUUCACACCUCAUCUGAGCCCUCGCCUGGAUUCAUACUCCUUUCCUUCACUGGCACUUGUCACCACUUUAUCUCCCAGGAUGGCGGACAGUCUCCCUACAGAGUUUGAUGUAAUUAUCAUAGGGACAGGUUUGCCUGAAUCCAUCCUUGCGGCUGCAUGUUCAAGAAGUGGGCAGAGAGUGCUACAUGUUGAUUCGAGAAGUUACUAUGGAGGAAACUGGGCUAGUUUCACCUUUUCGGGAUUGCUCUCCUGGUUGAAGGAGUGUGAGCAAGACAGUGAGGCUGGGGACAAAAGCACUGUUGCCUGGCAAAACCUGAUCCAGGACACAGAAGAAGCCAUCGCUCUGCGUCGGAAGGAUGACAGCAUUCAACACGUAGAAGUGUUCUGUUACGCCAGCAAGGACACCGGUGACAGUGCUGAAGAGAUUGAUGUUUUGCAGAAAAAUCCUUCCUUGGUAGCAUCUAGUACCCUCACCAAACCUCUGGAUUCUGCAUGCCUGUCCGAAGAAACACACUCAGACAGCACUAGCCCCGAAAUGCCUGCCAAAGACACUCCACAACACGAUGGAGAAAUUUUACCAGAAGUAACCGAUAGAGAGGAAACUCAGGUGAAAGAAACGGAUUGUGGAGAGAAAACUUGUAUACACACAGUUUCAGAUGGAGCUAAGGAUGAAAAUAAACCUGUCGUAGAAGACAACUCGGGUCAACCAAAGAGAAAUCGGAUUACUUACUCUCAGAUAGUUAAAGAAGGCAGGAGGUUUAAUAUCGACUUGGUCUCAAAGCUGCUGUAUUCUCAAGGCUCGCUGAUCGAUCUCUUGAUCAAAUCCAAUGUUAGUCGCUACGCUGAAUUUAAAAACGUCACCAGGAUCCUCGCAUUUCGAGAGGGGAAAGUAGAACAGGUGCCUUGUUCCCGAGCAGAUGUCUUUAACAGCAAAGAGCUCACCAUGGUAGAAAAGAGGAUGCUGAUGAAGUUUCUGACAUUUUGCUUAGACUAUGAGCAGCAUCCUGGGGAAUACCAGGACUUCACACAGCGCCCCUUUUCCGAGUACUUAAAGACUCAAAAGUUAACCCCCAACCUCCAGCACUUUAUACUACACUCGAUCGCAAUGACAGAGCCAUCCUGCUUGACCGUCGACGGCCUUAAAGCAACAAAGCACUUCCUUCAGUGUCUUGGCCGGUACGGCAACACUCCCUUCUUAUUCCCCUUGUACGGCCAAGGGGAAAUUCCCCAGUGUUUCUGCAGGAUGUGUGCUGUUUUUGGUGGAAUCUAUUGUCUUCGCCACAGAGUGCAGUGCCUCGUGGUUGACAAGGAAUCUGGAAGGUGUGAAGCAGUGAUAGAUCAUUUUGGCCAGAGAAUCAGUGCGAAGUUUUUCAUAGUGGAGGACAGCUACCUUUCCGAGGACACCUGCGCAGGCGUGCAGUAUGGGCAGAUCUCCAGGGCCGUGCUCAUCACAGACCAGUCCGUGCUCAAGGCAGAUUCCGACCAGCAGAUCUCCAUGUUGACGGUCCCUCCGGCGGAACCAGGCGCGCGUGCCGUUCGGGUCGCUGAGUUAUGUUCUUCAACCAUGACGUGCAUGAAAGACACCUACCUGGUGCAUCUGACCUGCUCAUCGGCUAGCACAGCAAGAGAAGACUUAGAACCAGUGGUGCAGAAGUUAUUCACCCCCUACGCGGAGACAGAAAUAGACGAGGGAGACCCUCCGAAGCCACGGCUCUUGUGGGCUCUUUAUUUUAACAUGAGGGAUUCCUCAGGGGUCAGCAGAAGCUCUUACCAUGGCUUACCUUCCAACGUGUAUGUCUGCUCUGGGCCUGACUGUGGACUAGGAAACGAGCACGCAGUCAAGCUCGCCGAAACCCUGUUCCAGCAGAUCUUCCCAGGAGAAGACUUCUGCCCCCCACCGCCCAAUCCAGAAGACAUUAUCUUCGAUGGGGAUGACAAGCAACCAGAGGCUCCUGGGACCAAUACUCUCAUCGUGGCCAAACUAGAAGCCUCCGAAGGCAGCCAAAACCUAGACAGCCCAGGACAGCAUCUUCAAAAUUAGGAAAAAAAGAAAAGGAGGCUGGAAAUGCUACUGCGGGCCUUCAUCCUAGCGUCCGAAUAUUCUCAUUUAAAGGACAGCUUCCUGAGUAAUUAGAAGUGGUUAUGUGAUGAGUGCCAUUAGUCACUGGAUGUCUGUUAACCUGUCAGUAACUGAUUCAUUAGUUAUUGGACUAUUUCUUGUUUGUUUCAGAAUGUACUCUGUGAUCCAGAAUCUUAAACAGGGUUAGCUUUAUUUUAGUAUUGGGCGUAUAGGUGAGGGUUCCAUAUUAGCAACUGUGCUUAAAGGAGGGUUAUAUUGUAUCUGCUAAUGACUUUCAGAUUUUAUUCUUGUCUACAAUGACAGUGUCUAAAGGGUAUUUUACUUUGCAGCUAAGAUAGUUGCUACCACCUCUGAGUAAAACACACACACAGUAAAUUAUGUGGGUCUUUUGUAUAUAAUAUAAACAUAUUUAUGGUAGCAAUAGCAACUAAUGCAAGUGCCAAUAUAAAAUACAUUUGUCUAAUCAAAAGACUAGCUUUGCAUGAUCCUUUAUUUGUGAAGGUCUGAUGUUUACAGAUGUCUCGCUGUUGAAUUCUCCUAAGCCACCCUUGUAACCCAGAAGGCAACAUCACCACCACAAUCUUCUAACAUUAGAACAAGUGCCAGAAAGUCCAGUUACUUGUUGAAGAGCUCAUUCUUGGGAGGUUCCGUCAGAGAAAGUGUAGGGGAGAAGAUGCGUUCUGAUUAAAUAUUUCAGAAAAUGUCUGCAGAGCCCUGGCACCGAAAAGAAGAGUUUCCAACCAGUAACUCAGGCAAAAAUAAAAAACAAAUGGCUCUACGCACCAGAUACUUCAGAAGAACUUUUCAAAUCCCCAAGGAGGAACCAAGUGAGUCCGUUUGAACCCGGGGUUCCCUUGCCCAGCCUUCUCAAAUUCCUAUGCACACUGCACAUAUCUUAUUUUGAAGUAAAAAAACAAGACGGGAACAAAUACAAUAUUUGUAUUUGCAUGUGGCCUGCGGGCCGUAGUUUGAGGACCCCUGAUCUAAGGGAUAGAAAUACACAGUUUCCCAGACCCACCAGGAGUCGAGAAGCUGUUAGUCCAGUGAUGCAGUCCAGCUGUGGAGCCGUAAGAAGAGGUAAACCUCUCCCUUCCAGUCCCCUUUGCAUUCCUCAGUGAGAAUGAGCUUCCCGUAGGGAGAGAGGCCAUCAUGAGAAUUUCUGUUCCGGAAAUGAGCCUUGACUAUGUGCUGGCCACUUACCGUGCUCUCUCUUUACGGCUUCUCAACCCUGAGAGGCAGAUGUUGUUGAAUGCAUUUUCAAAGCAGAAAUCAAGACUUGAUUCAUCCUUUUCUCCGAGUCUGGUAGGUGGAAGAGCCAGCAUUGGGAUCCAGGCUUUCGUGAUUUCAGAAUCCUUCCAUGAACGUUAACGUAGAAGAAUGCGGAUUCCGGAGGAGGAGGGAAAAUGCGCCUGAAAGUCAGUCUAUUGUUGCUGGUGAAGGAAAGGAGACAGAAAUUGGCCUCUGCUCAUUACCGAAUUGGAGAAAUGGGAAGAUUGGGAGUAAAAAUAAAGAUAGCUUAGAGCUGUGGACCUCAUUGAGACAGAAUUUGGCUAAGUUUUAACAAAAGAAUGCGUUUUAAUCGUGUACCUUUUGAUCUGAACACCAUGUCAUGAGAAAACAGAUGUACUAAGCCAGACGAUGCUCCGAGUAGUCUUCUGUUGCUGUUCUAUGUGUGGAAAAUGAAACAAGAAAGAUGAAGUCAUUUAUACCUUACUGAACGUAGAGAAGUCAUAAAUUGGUAGUAUACGGUUUUUGAAUAUAGCAAAGUGAUAUUAUUGGGUGGAUCCUAAAGUUUAAAUCCAGCCAAAAGAAAAAUGAAAAAUGUACUAAAUAGAAGAGCAAGACGAGAUGGGUUUUUAAAAAGCUACUUGCAUUAUAUAUAUGGAUCAAGGGCUUAAUAUUUUUUAAAGGGGAGAUGCAAAUCCAUAAGGUUUUCUACUCUACCAGGCAAAUUCAUUGAAAGCAUUGGUACAAAUGAAAAAAUACAAAUAAAUUCUUAGGAUGAUAUUCAGAUUUCCUAGUAUGAAAAAUGCAAAUUGAAACAACUUUGACCUAAUUUCUACUAGUUCAUGCUAGUAGCAAAAGUUUUCAACUGCAUGUACCACAUACCAGUAGUAUUAUUCUAUUAGUAGAUUUUAAAAGAACUAUUUAGAAAAACAUAAUAAGAGCUCUAUAACCAAUAUCUUUUGAUAGAUCUCAUUUUGAGAAGCAUAUAUCCAGGAAAAUAAAAGUAAAAGAUUAAUUGUAUAAAGAUAUUUCUAGUAACUCCAUUCAUUUGAGUUUUUUUAAAGCCCAGUAAUUGGGAAAUGUAUAAAUAAGAUUUUGUGUAUUGCUAUUGCUAUCAAAAACUGUUAUAUAGACAAUAAAUAAUAUAUAUGUAAAAUUGUAUGGGAAAUGUUUAAAUGAGACUCAAAGUGUUAGCACAUAAGUUAUAUUUACUGGUUAUAUUCAUGUACAUUGAAGAUCAGAAGAAAACAUGAUUAAUUGGAAUUUAACAUUAAGAGGUCUUUAUUUUCUGUAAAAUACUGAAGUGUGCAAUGAAAAAUAAAAGAUGAUGGUAUACUGA